AUGAGCCCUCUUAAAUUGUUCAUAAUCUUAUCCUUCUUGCUUGGCGUUGCCGUAACCAUCCGAGCACGGCCCACUUACCUCUAUCAUGUUUGCCCAAAUACGACUACUUUCACUGCAAACAGCACUUAUCAGGCCAAUCGAAAUAUCCUUCUCUCUUCUCUUUCCUCCAACGCAACUGCCAAUAAAUAUAAUAUUGGGUUUUACAACACCUCUACUGGGCGGGACCCUGACGAUAUCUAUGGUCUAUUUCUCUGCCGUGGUGAUUUUAGCUCCGAUGUCUGCCAAACUUGUGUCACCUUCGCCACCCAGGACAUAGUCGAACGUUGCCCUGUCGAGAAAGUAGCCAUAAUAUGGUACGACGAGUGCCUUCUCCGUUAUUCAAACCAGUUCUUCUUCUCCUCCAUCAGCCAAGACCCUAGUGCAUACUUAGUUAAUACGCAGAAUAUCUCAGAUCAAAAUCGUUUUAAUGAGCUAUUGUCCAACGCCAUGGAGGAUGCGGCUACUGAGGCUGCGAAUGCUGCAUCAGGAGCUAAAAAGUUUGCUGUAAAAGAAACCAAAUUUACGGGGUUUCAGAAUCUUUACAAUCUCGUGCAGUGCACACCGGAUCUAUCGAGCUCUGAUUGUAACCGGUGUCUUGAGAUAGCUAUCGCAAAAUUGCCUAGUUGUUGUGAUGGAAAGCAAGGCGGACGAGUCUUGUCUCCGAGUUGCAAUAUUCGUUAUGAAGUUUACCCAUUUUAUAAUGCUACUUCUACAAGGGCGCCACCGCCAUCACCACCAGUGGUUCCCCCUCCGCUUACAGGUUCAGGGCAAGGAAAAAGCGGCAUCUCAGUUGUUACAAUUGUAGCCAUUGUUGCUCCAAUUUCUAUCUCUAUUGUGCUCUUUUGCAUGGGCUACUGUUUCCUAAGGAGGCGGGCAAGAAAGAAGUAUGACGCUAUAGAGGAAGAUGGUGGAAAUGAAAUUUCAACCGUGGAGUCUUUACAAUUUGAUCUGAGUAUGAUAGAAGCUGCUACAAAUAACUUCUCUGAUGAUAACAAGUUAGGUGAAGGUGGAUUUGGUGGUGUUUACACGGGCACACUUCCUAAUGGGCGAGAAAUAGCUGUGAAGAGACUGUCAAGAAGCUCUGAGCAAGAGGCAGAAGAAUUUAAAAAUGAGGUGUUAUUGUUAGCCAAGCUUCAACACAGAAAUCUUGUGAGGCUGAUUGGAUUCUGCUUGGAGGGAGAAGAAAAAAUUCUUGUCUAUGAAUUUGUUCCCAACAAAAGCCUUGACUACUUUCUUUUCGGUCAGGAUCUUCUAAACAUAUACCUCACUACUGUGUUUCGCUCAUGAGGAAUUCAUUAUUUGUAUUUGUAUUGAAUCUAACAUGCGGAUCUAAAUGUUUGAUUUCAUGGAUAUAUAGACCCUGAAAAGCAAGGAAAAUUGGAUUGAGAAAGACGAUACAAAAUCAUAGGAGGAAUUGCUAGAGGGUUC